AUGAAUGCUCACGCACUCAUUCUUACAUUACCUGCACAAGGGCAUGUUGCCCCGACGAUGAAGUUGGCAUACCGCCUUGCUGAUCUCGGAGUCAAAGUUACUUUUCUUACAGCAGAAACAAAAUUUCAUCAGCUUGUUAGUGAUCAAUCACGAAAUAAGGAUGCAUUGCCAAAGAUGCAGGGCGGACCACAUCAGGAGAGGGUGAAGAUCGUUUCUUUUCCUGAUGGACUGAAAAGUCUAGGAUUGGAAGAGAGAGGAGAUUCUUUUGAGGCUAUGGAGGGAAUUGUAAAGGUCAUGCCGCUGCAUGUGGAGGAAUUCAUUAAGAAGGCGAAUCAACCUGAGUCUCAGAGUGAUGAAAAGAUUACUAGUGUCAUAGCUGAUUUGGUCGUGGCAUGGGCACUGGAUAUUGCUAAUAAGAUGGGACUAAAGGGAGCUCUCUUUCUUUCAUCAGCGCCAGGAAUUGUACCCAUGCUAUUGCAAAUAUCACAUCUUGUUGAGGCUGGCAUCGUUGAUACUGAAGGGACUCCAAAAAGGAAGGAAAAGGUUCUGUUGUCACCGUACCUGCCAGCUCUGAGCAGUGAUGAUUAUGUUUGGAAUUUCUCAACAAACAAAGAGUUGCAAAAGGCUGGGUUUGCAUUCGUGCGUUCUGGUGAACCCUAUAUGAGAACAUCCAAAUGGGUUUUGUGCAACUGGUUUCGUGAUCUUGACCCUUCAGCUGAUGAUUUAUUCCCAAACACAUUUUCGAUUGGUCCAUUACUUGCAAAUGAUCAACCUGGUGGAAAUUUUUUGUCAGAAGACUUUACUUGCUUAAGCUGGCUCGAUAGACAACCACCAGGAUCGGUUGUUUAUGUCUCUUUUGGCAGCACAGGGAAAUUUAAUACUCAUCAGUUUGAUGAGUUAGCACUUGGCCUUCGACUUAUGGGCAGACCAUUUCUUUGGGUGGUUCGACCAGACAUCAGUGAUGAGGUUAAGGUUGCUACUGAUGAUAGUUUCCGAAACAGAUCUGUAGAUGAUGAUAAUCACCUUGGAAAGAUGGUUCGGUGGGCACCUCAAGAAAAAGUGUUGGCUCACCCUUCUGUUGCCUGUUUCUUAACUCACUGUGGUUGGAACUCAGCCGUAGAGGGCAUAGGUAUGGGGGUUCCCUUGCUUUGCUGGCCUCACGGUGGAGAUCAAUUCUAUGUCAGGACUUGCGUGUGUGAUGGAUGGAAGGUUGGUUUGGAGAUGAAGGCAGAUGAAGAUGGAAUCGUUACAAGGUAUGAAAUCAAAAGGAAAGUGGAUGAAUUGCUCAACCACGACGGUAUAAGAGCAAACGCAUUGAAGCUUAAGAGGUUGGCUCAAAAUAGUUUGUCUAAAGCAUUAGUUGACAAGUUCAAUUCUUGUGUUCUUAAAUCAAGAAUCUUUAACAAACCCACUUCGCCAUCUUCACUGCCAAUGCCUCCUCCGAUCCGGUACCGUAAAGGGGAGUUGAUUGGUUGUGGUGCAUUUGGCCAUGUUUAUAUGGGCAUGAAUCUUGAUUCUGGAGAGCUUUUAGCGAUAAAGCAGGUUUCUAUUGCAGCUAAUGGAGCUACAAGAGAGAGAGCUCAGGCUCACGUCAGAGAGCUUGAGGAAGAAGUGAAGCUUCUACAGAAUCUCUCCCAUCCCAACAUUGUUAGAUAUUUGGGUACAGUUAGGGAGGAGGAAACCAUAAACAUCCUGCUUGAAUUUGUCCCGGGUGGAUCAAUAUCAUCUCUUUUAGGGAAUUUUGGAGCCUUCCCUGAGCCCGUUAUAAGAGCCUAUACCAAGCAAUUAUUGCUGGGGUUGGAGUAUUUACACAGCAAUGGAAUUAUGCACAGGGACAUUAAGGUAGCUUUGAAGUUUGAAUUUCCUUCCCCUGACGCUACAUAUUUUGGUGCAUCAAAACAGGUCGUUGAGCUGGCUACUGUUUCAGGGGCCAAAUCGAUGAAGGGCACACCAUACUGGAUGGCUCCUGAAGUCAUUCUUCAGACUGGACAUAGCUUGAAAGAAGCAUUUAUUGAUAGAAACACUGUAGAAUUUAGCUCUGCUGAUAUAUGGAGUGUUGGAUGCACAGUCAUUGAGAUGGCCACGGGAAAGCCUCCUUGGAGCCAACAAUACCAAGAGGUUGCCGCAAUCUUUUACAUAGGGUCGACGAAGUCUCAUCCAGAAAUCCCCGGGCAUCUCACUCCAGAGGCCAAAGAUUUUCUGCUCAAGUGCUUGCACAAGGAACCAAAUAUGAGGCCAGAGGCAUAUAAAUUGCUGAAGCACCCAUUUGUUACUGGGGAGAUUGGCACAUCUGAUCAUGUUAUUCAUAGUCCAGUCAUGGAAAAUUCUGGAAUUCCUUUGCAGUCAUAUACCACUAACCCUGUAACCAUUCUGAGCUGCUCAAUUGAUCCUAAGCAAUUGCCUGAAAGUGAGGAUGCAUGGGAAACACAAAACAGUGAUGACGACAUGUGUCAGAUUGACAAUGACUUUUCUAUAAAUGAAGAAAAGCUCAGUCCUCAUUUAACUUCUAAUGACCUCAAUAAGAGUUCUGAUCCCAAAUGUGAGCUGUCUGGAGAUUGGAGGUCCAAAUAUGAUGAGAGUCCAGAACUGGAACUAGCAGGAAGCAAAUCGGACACUGGUCAACCAGUUCAGGGGGACAAAAAUGUUUCGUUUUCCUGUGGGGCAUCGUUUUCUGAGGAUGAUGAGGAACUUACCGAGUCAAAAAUUAGAGCCUUUCUUGGUGAAAAGGCUUUGGAACUGAAGAAAUUGCAAACACCUUUAUAUGAAGAAUUCUAUAACAGUUUGAAUGGGGCUUGCUCUCCAAGUUUUGGUGGAAGUUCUCGUGAUGAAAGUCUAAAUUACUUGAAAUUACCUCCUAAAAGCAGGUCACCCAGUCGGAUCCCUGUUGGAAGCCCAUCUACAGCAACCGAUGCUGUUAGUACUGGCAGCCCUGGGAGUAAUAGGCGUGCAUCUAAUGUUGGCAAUGCAAGUGAUCAAGCUUCAGGGGACAAUUCAUCCCCUCAUAGCAAUGAUCAGAAAGAAAGGAAGUGGAAAGAAGAGCUUGACCAAGAACUUGAGAGAAAGAGAGAGAUGAUGCGUCAAGCAGCCGUGGGAAGUAAAACAUUGUCCCCAAAGGAUCGAGCCUUGGGUCGGCAGAGAGAGCGGACAAGAUUUGCAUCUCCGAGCAAAUGA